AUGAAACGGGUGCACUGUGCACUGUCCGUUACGACAGCUUUUAGUGCGCGGUGGUCCUCCUGUCAUACUGCCCGCCUCCAGCACUCGUGUCCCCGUCCCAACAUCGCGCCCUCCACCACCCUCAUCCCCACCGCACGUCCCUCCCCUCCCUAUUCUCUCACACGCGCGCUACCAUGUCCGUCGAGAUCACCUUCCGCACCCUCAAGGGCGCCAGCUUCAAGCUCAUUGCGCCCCCCGCAGAGACGGUUCUUGAGCUCAAGAAGAAGGUCGGCGAGCAGCAAAAGGUCGAGAACUAUGCGGGCUUCCGUCUUAUCUACAAGGGGAAGAUUCUCGCCGAUGACGCCACCGUCGAGUCGGCCGCCAUUACAUCCGCGGGCUUCGUAG